AUGGCAACUUGGGCGGACAUUCAACGUCUUGUCUCUGAUCUUCAAAGAGUGCAACUUUCACAAUCAGCAAAGAAGCUUUCUGAAGCCAACUGCGUUGAAGUGGUGACUAAACUAAUCCAGAGGUCAUUAAUUGAUGUAGUGUUCACAAGAGACGGACAUUCAUACAUCACGCAGAAACACCUCGCCACUGAGGUACGAUUUUCUUCUCAAUCUCUUAUAACGCAUUUUGUUGCAUCUGAACAAGAACGUCUGGCGUACUCUCAAAACUGCUUACGCGUACGGAAUGAAUGUGUUGCUUUGGGUGGGCGUGCUCCCUUGACGGACAUAGCUUCUUCGCUGAACGUCGAUCUCGACCAUGUUGAACGUACUGCUCAGAAACUUGUGGAUGAAAAAAUUGGAUUUACGAUUUCAGGAGGAGAACUUUUUGCAGAAGAGUACGUUACUAAUCUCCAAACAGAGCUUCGCACUCUUCUUUUAGAGAACGGCUUCCAAACUCUUUCUUCGUUGUGUAAACAUUGGAAUCUGUCGCAGGAACUUCUUCGUUCUUUGUUAUUAGACCACCUUUCAAGUGACUUCGGUGGCAUAGUAGAGGGAGAUACAAUAUAUACUACGGACUACCUUAACUGCCGCAAAAAUCUUCUUCGAGCUACGUUAUCUUCUAUAACCAAACCGUUACCUAUCGCUGCUGUACAGCUGCGAAUUGGUCUUCCUGUUAAUCGAUUUUGGUGGGCGUUUGACUCAUUGAUGGAGGCAAAUGAGGUGAUUUUAGAACCAAGAGUUUGGUGCACAACUCAUUAUGUGCCUGGAAGAUUGACGGGGUCACGAUCAUCUCCCAGUUGUACCUACAUUCCUUAUAUGCAUGACGUCCUUGUCCGUCUGUAUGUACAGAACUUGUUCCGCCAACAGGAGUAUAUACAAACUGGUGUUUUGAAGAAACUCGGCCUGAGUGAGAGUACUGGGACAAAAACUAGCCAAGUUGAAGAAAUUCUUAAGGGCGACAAUGCCAGCUUGAAAGUGCAAGUUUUGUCAUCAGUCAUACUAUCGAGGCCGCUGUUUCAACAGUGCUUAGCUGCAGUUAAAGGUAAGUAACU